AAAAGUAAUAUUUCUAAUAAAUCUUUCUCUGUUUCUGAUGUUUCUGUAAUGUUUCAAAUAUCUACAUACAAACCUGAUUCAUCUGCAGACUGCUGGGAAGCAGGGCUCCCAGGAGAGGCUUUAAAACAUCCUCAUGGUUCAUUGUUUCUCCUACACCGGUAGCAGAGAAAAUUUGAUCAGAAGCUUCAUUUCAUAAAUACAUCAAUUUCCAUUUUUUAAGUAGAUGCAUUUGGAUGCCUUUCAGAAGAUUGUCUUGGGGAUAAAGGAGUGUCAGAUUCUGAAACAGACUGUAUUGAAGACACAGUAAGAAACCAUCCUAAUGCAAAGGAAAGGAAGGAACACAGGAGACACCGGUAUGUUUCUGCAUCAGGAGAGCUUAAAUGACUUAGAGGAUUUAGGAAGAAGCAGUCAAAAAUUGAAAGCCAAGGAUGUGUGACUGGAAUACGUAUAAAGGUAUAAGCAAGUCACCAGUAAGGUGGCAAAAUGAGUUACAGCCUGCAAAGAGCACUCCACCUGAUGCUGUUACACGUGAUGCUGAGGAGUAGCAGUGAGAAGCUGUGUAAAUGAAAGCUUGUGAGAAAGAUUCUCAUUUGCAUAAUCCAAAUUUCUUUGCUUUUCCCCUCCUAUAUAUCAUGUUUCAGCCAUGGAUUUUCAACACAGGGUUGGUCCCUCCUUGUGGCAAUGUCACAGGGAAAGCAGUGUUGUUUUGAUGAUUUCUCUGAUUCAGACAGCUUUACCUCCUGGACAUAGCAUGACCAAGUAAAAUGGAAAGAAGACUUUCCAAUUUUUUCAGGCAGCCACUUUAUUUAAAAAUCUUGCAGUAGCUCACUUAGAAAGCACUAGAUUCGGUAUUUGUAUCUCUGUGGUCUUCUGCAAAGAACUUCUCAGAAUCAGCCUUGUCUUGCCCUCCGGAGAUCUCACCAUCAUCAGGAAUGUGUUAUGCACAAAGAGCAGGACUCUGCGUUCAUCAAUUGGAUGAUCUUGGAUUAAAGCAGUUCAUGUCAGUCUAUCUAAAGCUCCAAUCCAUCAUCAAUCUAUUUUAUCCUUUUGUCUGUCCUCAUUUUUCAGCCAUUAAUUCUUUAGGGCAAUGACUGUUUUUGCUAGAAGUUUAUUUAGCCUCUAACCACAAUCUGAGUCAACGUGCAGUAUAGUAAUAUGACUAAUUAAUAAUCAGGUCAGACUGAUUUUGUGAUGUUUCACCUCAGGGAUGUGAAAUCCUGCUUGUCUGUCUCACAUACUGGUGAGCAAAAAUUGCACCUACCAAAGUCUCAGUUCCAUUCUCUGUCUAUAAAACAAUAUGAAUCCCUUGAUAGCGUGUUGUCAGAGUUCAUCCAUUCUUUGUACAGUAUGGAGAUACCAAUGGCUAGCAAGAUACAUGUUAUUGCAGCUACUUCAGAUCAUGUUUGCUUUGUUUCUGAGCAAGUGAUCAAGCAUACUACAUCUAUUUGCUGCUCUUUAAAAUCUGUCACCGUAUUCCUUGCUUGAACUGUAAUUGCUACAAAACACAAAGUCAUGCUAUCACAGAUUGUCUCAAAGCUUAAGCCAAACAAGCGCUCAUAAAAAGAUAUAAAUGUUGAAAUGGAGACACUCCUCUGCCACUUGACUUCAGUAUCUCGACUAAACUGAUGCCACUGCCUUUGCCCUGGUAAGUAUACACUGAGAAUCCUGCAAAAAUCAAUAGUCUUUCCAUCAGGUUCUACAGGCUGUAAGAUCAUUCUUUUUUUAUCAGAAUUUACUAUAUUCGGUUGUGUAUUAAUGUCUUCAAAUUCCCUUAUUAUCUUUCAGCAAAUAGAUCCUACAUAGGAUCAGUUGGUGCUGUCCCUUCUGCCAGACUUGGUAUUUCUGUUACUGAAGGAAGCUGUGAGAUGCUUGCAGGCUCUGCUGCCUCAGCUCUUUUCACAACAUACUCCAGUUGCUUUGAUUUAUUUGUUGGAAAAAGCUGGAUUCUCUGUGGAAAAUGUCUGUGAGUAAUCCAUGCUGAUAUGUUUGCAAGUGGUUCAGCAAGAGACUGGAAAUGAGAGUUCAGGCCAAUGUUUUUCCAGGAUUGUUUGUGGCUGGUUGUAGAUGAGUGAAAUGAGAAGAUUUAGGGCUGCUUUGCUGCUAAGUUUGGUUUCACUACCAGGUGUUUCCUAAUGCUUAGAGAGCAUAGAUUGGACUGGAAGGAAAAAUUCCUUUCCUUCCUGGUGCACAUUCAUCUAUCUGAGAGGGAGAGGUUUUUAUUUGUUUGUAUCAGCGCAGUGCCCAUGUCAUGAACCUCUCUGAGAGCUCACAGACCUGCUCCAAACAUAGAUCCCAGCACUUGGAGGUUCAUAUCCAGCUGGAGCCCUGGCAGAGGCAGAUAAAAGCAUAGUGCCAUGACCUAAUCUAUAUUUGAAGCUGAAGAAAACACAGUCGGUGCAGUAAGGCUUAAAGCCCAGUAUGAGCCCUGGGAAGUCUUGGUUUGCAUUCCCAAAAUGGUCACAGACCCUCCCUGGGAACUGAGGCAGGUGUGCUAAUCACAAACAUGGUUUGAACCUAUGGGAACUCGCUUGUGGUUCCCCAAGAUGUGAUGAAAAGGAAACUCUUGGUUUUGGGAAAAGCUUAUUAUGUUUUUCAGUCGCACCCACCUCUGAGCCAACCCUUUCAUGUCUCCUCUUAGUCAUUAAUAAUGCUAAUUUUGCCUAAUAUUCCCAGGAUUCUGCUAACUAAAUGGACAGGACCUCAGAUCCUGGUUCUCUUACAACUCCUGAAAAGUAGCUCAGAAGAAAGGAAAAAAGAAGUGAGGUGCAGUGUAGAGGAAGCAGUUUCUUACUGAAUCACAUAGUGAACAGCUUUCAGAGACAGGCAAGUGUCAUACCACAUUGUCCUGGGCUGCCCAGCCACCCAUGGGUGUAAAAUAAUUACUCUGUGUUUCCUCUUUUUAGGCUACAACAGAUGUAGUGAUGCUUGAACAGGAGAUGCAAGUGAGCAUUAGUUAAGGAGCUGAAUGGGCUUGAGAGUCAUGGACCAUAAUAGAUGGCAGAGAAACGUGAGCAAUACUAAUGGUAUGAGAAGCAAGUCUUCCAGAUGGAGAGUCUGCAAGGGUCAGAACCAGGUGGCUGAAUUCUCACAGGUGAAGUUUUGCAUUAUUUGAUGCUGAAAUAGUAUUGGCACAAGCCGUGUGUAGCAGGACUCUGAAGUAAAUGUCACUCAGAAAAGAUGGCAUUAGGAUUAUGGGGGCAAUCAGUGUUUUUUAUUGAGCAUAGCAGGAAGAAAAUGAAAGCUGUAAAAUGCCAGUGUGGGUAAACAUUAUUCACAUAUGUAGAAUAUGAACUUCUGUCCCUUCUUAAGUACAUAGCAAUGACCGAGCUUUUAUCCUUACCUGCACAUCAUGAGUUUAAGCUGGUUAAAGAGAAACUAACAAGACUAGAGAAUUAAAAUGAGAGCAAGUGUUUUUCCAAACCUGCUCUGUAGCAAACAGCCCAGCACAGAGGAACCUCCUGUAAUGCCAAUGUGACUGGAAAAGGCCAAUUGCUGGUAUGAGCUGCAGGGAGUGGAAUCCAGCAGAAAACACCUCCUGGGGAUGGCUCUCAUUAGGGACACUGCUGCCCAACCCCCUUUGAAGGAACCUGCAAAAAUUUGAAUUUCUGCUUAUAAUUUCCUUCCCUGGAGGGCAGUUACAGUGAAAGCAGUGCACGCAGUCUAUUCCUAUUUGUAAUGCAGCUACUGGUGUUCAGUUCCCACAACCCAGUGUGUCUGAGUAGCACAGCAAUAAUAUCAUAUGCAUAGCUUAGCCCUUGAGAGUAGUUGUAUUGCUGAGACCCUGGAGAGCCAUUCAGGGAUGGAAGAGUUCAUUUUGAAGCUUUGCAAAGGGACUCAUAAUACUGAUAAUAAAUAACACACUGAUCCAUGAAGGUUCUCCCCUUCACCUGGGAUUAAGACAGUGCUUUCUGAGCAAUUAAAUGAGGGUCUGAAAAGUCAUGCAGGGACGGACAUUAAGUUACUGUGUUCUGAAGGUGUUUAGCAGCAGGUUUAUGUCGUGCUUUUGCAAGUGGACAAACAGGAUCCAAAGGAAGUGAGGUUUCUGUAUAUUGGUGCUCAGUCUCUGAAGGAAGAUGGCAUUCAGUGUGUCACCAUCCCUCCAAGGGCAGGACCCUCCCGUGCUGAGCAGACUCCAAGAAAUUCUUUUUGUAAUGGAGGAGUGCAGCAGGAGCUGUGGUAAAGAUACUUGGAAUCAAAUGGGUUUUGAGCACAAAUUCAGUGUUUGCUGUGUUGAGACAGUGAGACAGGAAGGCUGUGGUACUUCCUUCACAUUGCCUGACCUGAUUUUUUGUGUGUAUCCUGCAGGUUUCACUGUGUCACAACUAAGGCACCCUUUUACUCAUUAGAGGCUGCAUGGGUCUGUCUGUGAAAGGAGAAUGGGAAUUAGAGGCUAAAGAUGGCUCCAAGGUGUCAUGGGACUUGGAACAUGAUGGGCUUCUCUAUUCAGUACGGCUGUGUUGCAUUAAUUCAAGUCUCCUCAGUCUGUUCAGUUGAAACUCAAAUGUCCCAUUUUUGCAUAAAGCCAAACAGCUUUGAUCUCUGGUGUAAGAGCAAAUUUUCGUGCCCUGUCAGAGUUUGGCAAGGAACAGAAUCACUUCUCCUUAUUGUUACUGUGAAGUAUUGAUGGAGAGCAAACUUCUGAGUUAGACUCCUGCAGCAGACAUUUAGCAAGGCUGUGUUGUUAGGGGCAAGAAGAUGUGAAGGCUUUGCCCAGGAAGCGCUGGCUGUGAAUGAGGCAAUCUCGGGUUGUUUGAAUUGCAAACGGCAUCGCUGCCUGUCCUGCUUCACCCUGGGCUUUCCACUGCUGGUGUUGGCCUGGAAACAAAACGACACUUCCUACGGAUUUCUCUGGGGAAGUUGCUGUACCCUCAGCACGAGUGAGGCAACCCACACCCUGUGAGCCCUGUGUGGCUUAAUGCACUUCUGGAAAAACUGCAGCUUUCACUUACUGCUGAGAAGGGUGCUUGGCUUUGCAUCAUACGAGGUGCUUAGUAAGUAAAAUCAAACACAGAGAUAAACUAAAACAUUCUUUAAAAUGCUGUCCUCACUGCCUGGCCCUCUGCUCAGCCAAAAUCCUUCCUUUUUAACUUCUCUGCUCUUAAUAGUUUAUUUUGAUUUUUCAGUCUUGUGGUGACUUUUUUUUGUUUUCUAAUGAAAGGUGUAAGAUAUAACUCACCAUUUAUAAAGAACUCACACACCUGCAUUGUUGCAGGAUGCAGGUAAUUUAGGCGCUGGUUUUACAUUCCACAAUAAUUUACGUUUAUUAUCUGGCAGUGACCCCAGAUCUUGGAAAAACCAGGUUUGUUGAUCUGCAGUUUACAAUCUUGCCAUAAUUUUUUGUUUCAUCUCUCAAGCACUUUGCAGACUUCCUGAGGUCUCCAGCAUGGAAAUAGUUUUCUCUGGAGUUUUGCUCUCUGCUUUACACUUUCCCUUCCCUUCUGGAAAAACACCCACAGCAAUAAAGGGCAAACCUCACCUUGAAUCAUGCACCUCCACAACUUCAGAGCUCAUCUGGAUCUUUGGCAUGGUAAUGCUCAGUGCGGAGGUGCAAGCAAUGAAUAUUCGGGCAGAGCAACACUUCACCUGCUGCACACCAUAUUGCACUCAAAAAUGGUGUUUCCUUCACCCAGCUCAUGCAGGCAACACACAACUCAGACUGCCAGUGGAAGCACCACUUUGAAGAGGACUUCUGUACCAGCUGCCUGGUUUGCAGGUUAUAUUAUGCCUUGGGAACCCUUCCUUAGAGCCAAGAUCAGGACAAGCUGUGUCUUGUCCUGCAGAGCAGUUCAGAAGUGCCAGUGGAGACUUGAGAAGCAGUGGGGCCUCAAUUCAGAAGGCUGUGCCAGUAUACCAAGCAGUCAGACACAGCCUCACAGAAUCAUUAAGGUUCAAAACGACCUCUAGGGUCAUCUAGUCCAAGCAUCUGCCUAAAACCAAUUCUGCCCACUAGACUGUGUCCCUAAGUACUGCAUCUCCACGGACCUGUCACUGGUCAUUCCCCCUGGCCGAUGCAAGCAGUUCAAAGAGAUUAGGAAUGUUUCUCCCGAGGAGGUGUGUGUGUGUUUUGAGGUCUGUGCUGAAGGCUGGAGGGAGAGAGAACCUCUGGGCCUACGUGAUUGUCAAACUUGCAUGCUCAGCAACGCACAAAGGGCUGUGGGCUGCCAUCCAGGAACUGCUCAGGCAGCAGGUGUGGUGCUGUCUACAGGCCCGAGGGCUCACUAAGCCACGUGGCAGGGCUCUGACCAGGCUUAGAGCCCUGAAGGUGUCAAAACAGAGACGACCAAGGGCAGCCCUCAACCUGAGCCUUGCUCAAAAGAUCACAGCGGCCGCAGGAAGCUGCCUCCAGCAUGGCGGCUCUGCUCCCCCGGGAGCGCAGCGACAGAGGAACGGCACGUACGAGCUGCAAGCCUCUGCCAAGCCGUAGCCCAGCAGGCUGCUGGGGUUGUCUCCCACUGUAUCACACACGGCACGUGUUUAAAGCUGCUUCCCUCUGAACAAAGGAGCCCGAGUCGUGCUGGCACUUGAAAGGAGCAGCUCACCGCUGGUGUCGCUUCCUAUGGGAGCACUGAGCAGCAAGUCCCCGGAGUCGAAUAAAUCCAGGAAAGUAAUGGUGGUGAUGAUUUACUUGUCACUCAGCGACAUCUUUGUGCCAAACAGUGCUCUGUUCUUAAUGUUUUCCAGCUCUUGAAUAGAUUCUGUAGCCUGUGGGCUGCCUUUACCUGCGUGACUGCAUAGAAUCACAGAGUAUCCUGAGUUGGAAGGAACCCAUAAGGAUCACUUACUGACUCCUGUACACAAAUGCACGCUGCACACAUUUUCAUCUAAGGAUCAUCGUCCUCUCAGCCACAGGAAUGAGUUUCACAGCGCCUGCUCAGCUGGUUGCUUUACAAGGCCAGCAUGCUCCAGUGGUGUUUGGUGGUAGAUUCUAUGGUGCUAUACUUCUUAAAACAGGGUUUGAAGAAUGCAGCCAGAGGGCACGGGCUGGGAGCUGCGUGUCUCUGGCUGGGGAGGGGCUCAUCCUGCUCUCCUGCCUGCAGGUUUAACUGCAUUUCUACAGCAGAGCUCAGCACACUUCUCUUUGGCCACACUUGCAGCAAAGUUGUGUUCGGAGUGAGUUCAGCUGCAUCAGUUAACGCCAAAAGAAACCACCAGGCCUUGGCAGAGGUUUCUGUGCAUUGCAGGGCCAUGAAUCUCAGCAUAAUGCAAAAUCCACAAUGUUCACAGUGCUUUGUUACCUGCCUUGCAGACCUCCUUCUCCAGAACAGCCCAUUCAUCACAGCCUGCGGAGGAUCGCUGCUCUGUUCACAUCUGACUUGGUAAACCAAAAUUUCCAUGGGAUCAGCCUGUAAGAAGUGCUUCUGUGGUCACCACAGCAGAUUCCUCUCUAGUGAAAUGCAAAGAAGGCCCUUUCCGUUGCACUGAAGUGCUGUAAAGCAGCAACAGGCUUCUGUUGGCGUGUAUUAUAGAGCUAGGAAAACAGCGUGUAAAAAACCCUGAUGUAGAUCCAUUGCUUUGGGGUAAAAAGUGCUUUUCCACGACUGUUAACCUUUGUUUACAUGAUUAUAACAGCCUCCCCAUGAGCGGAGCUCUGCCUAUCCCCAAAUAAUAAAUAAACCAAACCAGUGCAGGCAGGUUCAGGACCCAGGCAGGGCUGGGGAGGACCUGAAGCACAUGGGAGUAUUUCUAUUCCCUCCACAAAAUAAGCAUUUAUAUAGUACUUUUCCCAUGUGUUUUUCUUCUGCUUCAGCUUCAGAUCCCCGGAAAGCUUUCCCUCCCACAGGUUUUUCUUCCAGAGUUUGUUUUAAAAAAGCAACUGCCGUUUCUUUUACUUUCUGUUUGCAAUGGCCAGACCUGAGGUUGAACAUCAGCGCAGUUUUGUGGCAUCCAGUAGUGCUCAGCCAACAGGAUGGACAGAGGUAACGACCCCAGCAGUUCACUUUGCUCAGUCCCAGCUCUGGCUGCGUUCUGAUGGCAAACACAGCAUACAGAAGGUGCAGUGGAAAGGUGUUAUUGGAUAGGUGCUGUAUUUCAGCCCCACUGCUGCAUACAGCCCCUUUGUUUUGGCGAUUGCCUCGGGUUUUGGUGUGUUCCACACUCUGUAGCCCCACGCAAAGCCUCUGCAGCCCUGUGAGUAACAGUCAGCUUUGGUAACCGUUAUGUUUUGCCACUUCUUACAUCAGGGAACAUUACGUUGUGUGAUAACCGUCCGCAGACGAAGUGCUAUUAUGAUUUAUGAAAUAGUUCUCUUUUUUUUUUUUUUUUUUUUUUCCAGCUCAUCGCGGGGAUUUUUCUCCGUGUGGCAACACCGCACGGCGGUGUCCCAACGCGCUUAGCAAUGCGGUGCGGGAGAAGAGCGGUGCUGAACGCCGGGGGGAACUUUCUGCUCGGGGCACCUGCGGGGCGGGCGGGGGCAGCGGCCGGGCGGAGCGGUGCGGAGCGGUGCGGAGCGGAGCGGAGAGGUGCGGGGGUGCCGGUCCGGGGCCCGCCCGCCUCGGCCAAUCGUGGCCGCUCCGCACACUCCCCGCCCCGCUCCGUUCGCCCCAUGUGCAGAAAUAGCCGCGGCGGCGGUUUCCGCAGGGAGCGGGGCGAGCGGGCGGCGGCGAGCAUCCCCGGCCGGAGCGGAGGAACCGUCCCGUCCCGUCCCGUCCCGUCCCGUCCCGAUCCAUCCCGUCCCGACCGGCCCCGAUGGCCCCGCGACGGCCGAGCCCCGCGGUGGAGGGCGGGCGGUGAUCGCUGCCGGCGAAGCUCGGAUGCCCCCCGGGGGACGGGGGCUGCGGGCAGCGGGGGGCCGAGGCGCGGGGCUCGGCGCGCCCCUCCGGCCCCCCACGGCCCCAUCGGUGGGGCCGGACAUGGGAAUUGGGCUCCGGGAGCCGCUGCCCCGUGGCCUGCCGGUACCUGCGGUGGAAAGUCCCUUCUGCUUGUGAACCUUUCGAGCUCCUCGUCCCGGGCUCUCGCCAUGAACACUAUGAAAACCACCUACAUCGUGCUGGAGCUCAUCAUCGCCGUGCUGUCCAUCGCUGGCAACGUCCUGGUGUGCUGGGCUGUGGCCAUCAACAGCACCUUGAAGAACGCGACCAACUAUUUCCUGGUGUCUCUGGCGGUGGCCGACAUCGCCGUGGGUUUGCUGGCCAUCCCUUUCGCCAUCACCAUCAGCAUCGGCUUCCAUGUGGAUUUUCACAGCUGCCUCUUCUUCGCCUGCUUCGUGCUGGUGCUGACCCAAAGCUCCAUCUUCAGCUUGCUGGCGGUGGCCAUCGACCGGUACCUGGCCAUCAAGAUCCCCCUGAGGUACAACAGCCUGGUGACUGGCAAGCGGGCGCGAGGACUCAUCGCUGUGCUGUGGCUCCUGUCCUUUGUGAUCGGGCUGACCCCACUUAUGGGGUGGAACAAAGCCAUGAGUGGUUGUCCCAACUCCACCAACGAGACGGGGGCUGACCGCGGGGCAGGGCACCACGGCUGCUUCAUCUCGUGUCUCUUUGAGAAUGUGGUGACUAUGAGCUACAUGGUGUACUUCAACUUCUUCGGCUGCGUGCUGCUUCCACUCAUCAUCAUGCUGGGAAUCUACAUCAAGAUCUUCAUGGUAGCCUGCAAGCAGCUGCAUCAAAUUGAGCUGAUGGGCAACUCCAGGACCACGCUGCAGAAGGAGGUCCAUGCAGCCAAGUCUCUGGCCAUCAUCGUAGGACUUUUUGCCUUCUGUUGGCUGCCCCUGCAUAUCUUGAACUGCAUCACUCAUUUCCACGAGGAGUUCUCCAAGUCCAAGCCAGAGUGGGUGAUGUAUAUGGCCAUCAUCCUCUCACAUGCCAACUCGGUCAUCAACCCCAUCAUCUACGCCUACAGGAUCAGGGACUUCCGCUACACCUUCCGCAAGAUCAUUUCCAAGAUCCUCUGCAAGACGGACGACUUUCCCAAGUGCACCACUGACAACAACCAGCACCUGACCGUCACCAACGUGAACGCUCCGGCCGCCUCGGUGACCAUAUGACCUCGCACGUCCCGCUCCCAGCCUGUCCCCAACGCUACCCCUCCCUGUGCCUAUGUGAACAGUUACAGCCGGCUCCUAUGGGAGUGCUCAGAAAUGACCACUAUGCAGUUCCGCAGCUGUAUUUUUAUGUUUGUAAUUAACGUAGUGCCUCCUAGGGGGAUAACCUGACCAAGGAGACUGAGUGCACUUCACCCUCUACUGUUAACCAGUUUGCGUGAGUGCUGGUGACCGUGCUGUACUUCCUUGCCAGGUCAGGUGCUGACUGUGGAAGUCCCACCUGCCGGGGGUGUUUCCCCAGUUGUGCUGCUCAUGUCAAGUCCUCGGAUCUUUAUUUUAAUUAAUGUUAUUAUUUUUUAAUCUCUUGAUUGAUAGGAGUUAUAAUUUAGUGUCUGUUUUUUUGGGUUGUUCAUACUUGCCAGCACUUUGGUAAUACCCUAAUUUUUAUUCCAUCAAUUGUUUGAUGCAGCUAGUAUUCUCUGAUGGGAAAAAGUCUUAGCCCAGUUGCUGGUGUGAAACCGGAUCUGUGUUCCAGGCUCUGAGGGACACGACUGUGCUGAUGGCAAACAGAUCACACCUGGCCAUAUUUUUGGCCUCAGAAUGAGAGCCCUACUUACUAAAACAGAGAACUUUAGGGAAAGGGCUGACUGAAGUUUUAGAACAGCAGUUUUAUUGCCUUUAAGUCACUUUGUUCUAUAGUACGUACUAACUUGUGCAGCUGAACGCAUCAGGUUUGAUUUCUCGUUAUUGAAAUGCAGAAGGCAGAUGUGCCCCAGCAGUCAUGGUUGGUCUGCUCUGAAGCCACCAAGGGCCAUGGAAACACUCCCUUGGUGACAGGACCUUUUUUGUUUCCUUUCAGUUACUUCAAGUGCUCACCUCGCCCAGAGGCCAGUUUGCUGGCAGUGGUGGACUCAGCUCCUGUAAGGCAGCUGAACCAUCAAAGCCAGCCACAAAGCUUGGUGAAGCACCAGUGUGCUCUGACGGGGUCUGUGCAAUGCCCACAUUUGGCUCGGUAUCUUGGCAUUUCCAAGAUGAAUCUAAACAGUUAAAGCUAGUCUGAAGGAUUUCUUUUUUACUAUCUCCAUUCAGCUUUGCUGCAUCUGCCUUGGUCAUGGUCCAGCUAACACAUGUAGCCACCUCCUGCCAUUUAGGCAGGCUUUGGCUCUCCUUUUAGUCCUUCCCUUCACUAUUAUCUUUGGCUGUGUUCUUCCUUCCGUUAAUCAUGGCUAGAAACAAGUAGAGUUUCACCUGCACGUCUGGCAGAGUUGCAAAGUGGUUGCAAGCCACAUUUAUCCUUACAACAAAGAAUUCAAUUCCUCCCCUCAUGCAGGCUGAAAAUGAACCAAACUCUUAACAGCACAGAGCAGAGACAGAGCCAGUCCCAGGACACUGCCUGCAUGUGACAGCACUGCAGAGUGGCACUCACUACUGCUACCCUUCUUAUGCCACUUAUGAGCCAGAAGUCCAUAGACAGACAGGUUGUUCACUUUGUGUGAAUGUGCUACCAAGUUAUUGGCCAUCGUUAACUAUGGCCUGGGUCACCAUGGUAUUUAGGCACAUGAAGUGCCUUUCUGGAUCUGAGCCAAAGUCAUUUCAAGGAAAAAUAAAAACAGGACAUCCUCUCACCCCUCCUCAAAAAAAGCUCAGAACAUUACUAUAAAAAUGUGAAGUGAAAAUAACAGAGGACCUUUCUGUAGAGUGUAGCUGUGGACCCUGAGCUAUCACUCUUUACUGCUCUGAUGUACAUAGGAUGGAUGUGUUUUCCUCACGUUGCUCGGAUUUUGUAUUUGCCAUAACUUUGUUAUUUACAUACAGAAUGCUUAAUCUACCACUACACAACCUGGCUCAGCCUGUGUGCAGUCAUUUUGUGCAGUGUUGUGUUCACAUGGUGUGUCAUACAAAUCCACACUGUACCUGGAGAGGAGGCCAACCUCAGAGCAGGACCAGGAGUCA